UAAGGCGCGUUCCUGAACUAAGUUAGGAGCCCUUCUUCAUUUAUUGAGGCGUAAAAUUUCUUAGCAUGCCUAGAACUGACGGGGGGUGAACGCCUGCCUUAAAGUGAAUAAUUCUAAUCUACAUAUAUUCUUGCUUUGCUUCAAAACGCUUUGAGGUUUUUGGCACAGUUUGACUCUCGAGGAUCCCUCUUGUAUCAUAAUGGAGGUUGAGUACAUAAAAAACCGAGUUGCAGGAGGAAUUGUAACCUUACAGGAAAGGAUAGAGGAUGACGUCGAGGAAAUGUGUGAAGAGAUAUUAAUACCGCUUGCUAAAGAAUUCAAGAUAAAAACAUCCCCUAAAGAAUUACCCGAGGGACUGAGAGGAUAUUUUAGAGACAUCUACUGGAGUUUAAAAGUGCACUUGGUGUUUCAUUUAGGAAUUGCUGAUGAGCUUCAAAAUAGCGACAAACUCCUCAAUGAGGUGGGUGCUUGGGGCGGCCUGACAAAUGAAGAGAUGGAUAAACUACCAGACCAAAAUCACGUGGUCGACCCAGGAAGCAAACUCGUGGAAAUGGUAAGUACAUAAGCGGCAUAUGUGUGUGUGUGUGUUUUGUUUCUGAGUUUUCAUCCAUUGUCAUUUGCAUCGAGUCAGGCUGUAACAUGCCUUGGCUGGCUGUUUAUCUAACCUCGCUGUGGCAGACACCAAAGGUAAUGGUUUGCAGGAAUGUUAUGGAAAGGAAAAACCGAACUACGAGCUGAAUUAUAGAAUUCAGUAUAAGAUGCCGCUCAAGAUUGUCUUUCUAAUUAGAGUAAAAAAACUCGGAACUAUUUCCACUGUUCUUGAGCGGAAUUUCGCUGAAAAUUGUGACCCUCCUCUAGUAAUAUCUACCGUAUUUCUUCAACUAUAAGACGAGACCCUAAAAGUUAGAGACCUUCCAACAGACUCGUGUUAUCCAAAAGAAAAAGGAAAACCAUCGGCUAUAAGCCGAGAGCGAAAUUCUUGAUUAUAACCGGCCAUUUGAGUGAGCGAACCUCACGGAAAAAUUGGGAAAUGGCUCAAUGAACACAAAAGCUAAUGAAUGAGAAUAAAAACAAAAGAAAAAAAAAACGAAGAAGUGAAGAUGUAAAUACUACUACACGAUUACAGAAACACAACAGUGGGGACGUGGUAAUAUAUUGAAUGUUUGAUCACAUUCAACUGGUAUAUUACAGAUUGCACCUUUAAUCUUUCUUUGUUGACCUUUGGGCAUGACUUAAUUUUUCAAACACUAUUCUCUGUGGUAUACCUGUUCAAGCUUGUCUAGAAUGGACAACUCUGGUGGCAGUUCAUCAACACGUAAUUUGUUACAUACAGCUUGACAUUGACAGUACAAAUGUACUGAUUUUCAUCAAAUGACUUAAUGUCAGUAAAUAGUGCUUGCUGAGUAUUGUACAUUUGUUUUUUAACUGGAUAACAGUUAUUCUGUGUAGUGUUCUAUUACAAACAGAGAAAAUAUAAUAUGGACCUUCCCUAAUCUUAGAUUGAAAAGGUGUGAUCUUAUGAUCUAAGUCAUGUUGAAAUGAGUUUCUAUAGGCUUCUUUAUUAGCUUGGACUUUUGAUAUAAUCUUAUCUUUGUCUGCAGGAUCCAGUGUUUUAUACCAUUCUGCUCUGCCAGACAAAAGGUUUUCUUUUUCUUCAGGAUUCAAUGACUUGUACCAUUCUGCUCUUUUUUGUUUUUGUGCAGAAUCAAGCAAGUUAAACCAUUCUGCUCUCUUUUGCUUUUGUGCAGUAUCCAGUGAUUUAUACCAAAUUGCUCUGCUAGAUAAAAGAUUUUGUUUUUCCGCAGAAUCAAGUGAUUUCUACCACGCUGUUGAUUUGAAAAAAAGCUUUUCUUUUUCUUUAGGAUCCAGUGAUCUAUACCAUUCAGCUCUGUGAGAUAAAAGCUUUUCUUUUUCUGCAGGAUCCACUGACUUGUUCCAGCUUUUUUUUUUCCUUUUUGCAUGUAAUUCUUUCUGACUAUGAGACUUGUGUUUUGCCAUUACAUUUUGUCUUCCACCAUUUGACAAAUUAGUUGAACAACACAUACAUUUUAAUUAAUACAAUAUUCUACAUCUUUACUCUGGAAUUGUUUUUUUACAAUAUCCCCUAAUAACUGAAUUAGAAUAACUAUGUCAUUCAUUUUUUCAAAUAUAUCAAGUGUGCCAUUAGGACUGAAUCUUAUAAUAAAGUACUGAACACUUUUUGCUUUUGUUUUCAUAUUAUUGUGCUGAAAAAUACAGCAGAAGCAAUGAUUUGAAAUCCACAUUAAAAACCUAGUAUUAUCCUUAGUAUUCUGUGAUAAACUGCUGAAGUAAUAAUUUGCCUUAUUUCUCCAAAUUAAAGGCAAUAUCAAUAUCUGCAUCAUAUAUUUGAAGUGUCCUUGGGAAAUUGUUAAUAGUCAGUGGAUAGUUAUCACCAUGACUUUUUCUUUGUAAAACUCGUUUGCAUGGUCAGUGAUUCUAUCUAGAGUCUGUGAAUUCCUAUACCCAUACUAUUUGAUAGUGGAAAAACAAAUGUUAUAAAAAGAUGUGGCACAACAGGGAAUAUGAAUGGUUGUAAUUUCAGCAUCUACAUGAUUUGCUUCGAGGGGGACAGCUGACAACUGUUGAUCAGAAAUAUCUGUCAUAUCACAUUGUUUUUCAUUGAUAUGUACACCUUUGAGUUCAAAUAAAACAUUUGGAUUUUGAUAAAGACCUUGAAAAUAGUUUAUCAGCUCAUUUAAGGUGUUAACUUCUGACAUUUACACAAGUUCCUUGAGGAUGGGGUGUACCAUAUGAAUCUCUACCAUGAGAAUCAAAUAUCUUAAACUUACCAUCACAAUUACAGUAAAACACCUACUGUAGUACUAAGGAUUGUUAAAAAAAGGAAUUAUAAUUUCGUCCUAACAAAGCCUGCAUAGCAUUAGCAAAUUAGAUACGAUAAUUGAAAUCUUUUACUUCACAAGUACCAUGUAUAGUACAAGUGUAGCUUGGACUAUAUUGAAGCUGAUAAUUAAUAUUAAACACUAUUGUCAUUUCAGGUACUUCUGUUAACAGUAACUAGGAUUGCCUGGAUAGACUAGAUAGACCAGAAUACAAUUCAUUAUCAACGUUCAUGAUAUUUUCUAAGUCCAUUGAGGAUACUGUACCAUUCCCCCUACACACUGUGUACCAGCAUUUAACCCAAACCUUGCCACAUUGUCUUGACUGAAAGGAGCUUGAACUGGUUUAGUAGAAUUAAUAACAGGACCAGAGUUUGUCUCUAUAUCCCCAGACAGCUUAGACUUAAAGUGAUUUACCCUUUGAUUCAGAUCUUUAUAUAUUACAUUUAGUACUGAAUUAGACCUCCGUACAUUCGACUGCUUUGGCUUUGAACUUUUUAUUACUUGUAGAUAUUGGUUCUGCAUUUUCAGUAUCCUGUAUUUGUUAGACUUUCGAUAUUUUCUCCUAACUGCAGAGGGGGAUAUUUCGUUGUUCCUUAAUUCUCACAUCGGAUUCCAAGUGCAUAUAUUUUUCAAGAGCUUUAUCUGUAAAAAGAGGCAUUCGGGAAGACUUCGGUAUGCUUUUUCUGAUGUAGGUUCGAAGUAAACGUCUUACCUUCCAGGAUUUCUUCAAAAUAGGAAAAAUUCUUUUCUAUGGUAUUUUGCUGGGAUCACGAUUACAAACACGAAUACCAUAGGGCGAUUAAAAUAAACACAUUUGUCGUAUCGAGAUCUACAGUUACAGACUGUAUUUAUUGAAAAUGCUUCAUUAUUAAGCUUAUUAUCAUAUACAAUAACGGAUAACUGAGUAGCUUCCUUAAAGACGUUACAUUCAUCGAAGCUAUCACGGCAGCUUUUGUUGGAGAAAUCAACAGCUUUACGUAGAAAAUAGACGCUCGAGGAACGUUCACUCGGGCUUCGUAUCGAGCGUUUUACUUGAGCAUUCACCUCUGGAUAGUUUGGUGUAAUUGACUCUAAGCAUGUCUUGCAUACUGGGGCUCUAUAUUCAUUUAAGGUUUUCUUUUUCAUUACUAUUUAAUUUAUCAUUUUCUCUUGCAUCAAACUCCAAAGCAGGAUCACUAUCUGUUGUUACAUUGUUUCAUGUACCUUGUUGAUGUGUAUCAUUAUCGUCUGCAUCAUUUUGUAAAGUUGUGAGGUUGCUAUCAAUAUUGUUAAUAUCAACUAGUAUAUCUCUGUACAAUGGAUUAUGUACUUUGAGCCAGUUAAGAACUUGUUGUAUUAACUCUGCUCGUGAUGCUUGAAAAUAAACAUGUCCUCGAGAUUGUAACUUUCUUAUAAGCUUAAGUAUUAUUAUACAAGAUCUAUCAGGUUGAUGAGGGAGUUUAUUACAUGUCUGAUCACAUUCUACAGGUACAUUGCAUAUUGCACCCUUAAUUUUUCUCUGUUUUCCUUUAUGUAUGACCCCAAUCUUCUCAAAUACUAUUCGUCGAGCUAUUCGUAUUUGUUCUAGUUUUUUCUAACGAGGAUAGUUCUGUGGGUAUUUCAUCCUCAUACAUAUUAUUCACUACAGCCUGACAUGGUAAUUUUCCUUUUAUGACCUUUGAGUGACAUCUGUUGCAUAUACACUGUUUUCCAUAAAAUGACUGUUGAAUAUUGAAAUACGUUUGGCAAGGGUACUUCUCGUUUAUGCAUGUUAUUAUUUAUUUCUUAUAAAGUAUUCGAUUACAGACAGUACAUAUAAGAUAAGGGCCCUCUCUUAUUUUCCUCUUAAACUGGUUAAUAGACAAUUCAACCGAUUUGCCUUUCACUAAUUUCUCAUUGGGUUGAGAAAGUAAUUCGUCUUCUUUCUAGCAUCCAUAGUUGAAUGUUUUCUUUUAAUGUCUUCUAGAAACCUCUUUUUGGCAACAGGUUCCAUGCUGUCAUACAUGGUUUUUUUUGUGUUUUCCCAUGAUGUGUUUCCAUUAAAUCUCAGUAAUUUUACAUGAACAGCAGAUAAAUUGUAUAUCAAAUUCCAUAGUCUGCAUUCCUGUUUAUUUUGAAUAAUAUUAUUAAUUUCCUCCACUAGAUUAUCCACAAAGAGUAAAUACUUACAGAACACCUCAGCCCAGAACCACAGGCCUCUCUGCCAAAAGAAUACUUUGUUUAAGUUUGAUACUUUAGGUAACUUGCUUUAUUUGCAAAGUAAUUAACACUGAAAGCAUCAGUACAUACACAUUAACACAACUGCCAAAAUUUGUUUCGGCCAGAAACUUGUUAAUUUUUUCCAAUCAUUAAUAAUCAUGAUGUUAUCCCACUCAUUGAUCUGUAUGGCCUUGUACAAAUGUAUGAAACAUGUUUCUCAGUCUAUUAUUUUGCUCAUGGGAUGCUCAAGUUAAGAUAAAAUCUCCAAUGAUUAUUGUUAGGGCCACUGCUUUGCCAAGCAGCUGGGCUGAAAAAGAUUGAAUAGCUGGCAAUACAGAAAAUAAAACUGAAUACACCAAUUGGUUCCAUGCUGUCAUACAUGUGUUUUUUUCUGUGUUUUCUCAUGAUGUGUUUUCUUCCAAUUUCAGUAAUAUUACAUGAACAGCAAAUAAAUUGUAUAUCAUAUUCUGAAGUCUGACAUUCUUGUUUAUUUUGAAUAAUACAAAUUUCCUCUACUAGAUUAUCCACACCACAAAUGUGUAUUGUCUGUUUCAUUGCAGGUGAAUGACUGUCUUCAUAUGUCAGAAGAGAAAACAAUUGCUUUACUUUUGUAUUUUGUUGAUAAACACAAGCUAUAUAGUAACUUGAAAUGCACACUAAAAAUCCUGUUUUCCCAGUGGGGUUCCUUAAAAUCAAGGUCUUUAAAGAUAUUCGGCUUUUAGUUAAAUUACUUAAUUCUCUGUGACUUACUUCAUUAAGGUGUACAUUUAUGUUAGUGCCAAAAAUUGUAAAACUGUCAGGCAGGGUAACAGAUGUUAAGCAGUGCUUACUCUGCAUUGUAUUGCUAGGCUGAGAUCCAUUUUCAAUAAUUGCAUAUAAGUUAUUUGAGUUCCAGUAACUACAAGGUGAAAUGAUUGAGUAAUGUAGAAUAAAGAACUACUGCAAAACAGUGGUCUUUGAACACUUGUGUUGACCUGAUAUCUCUUUCAUACCUCUCUUACGUUGUUGCUUAUUGCCACAUCAUAUUUUGUAAUUCGUCAACAUUUUAGUCCAUACAGAUCAGUUGCUCCAUAUAAACUUUGAAAGUGAUGCACUAGGUUGUUUGUAGAUGAUAUAUCUAAUAGACCACGUCCCUCGAGAGUGACUUUCACCAUAAACAUCUCUAGCAUGCGAGUCAAACACUUAAAAAUGGCCAUUAUCAGCACAGUAACUAAUACCCAUAACAAUACAUCCAACUGUUAAAAUAUAUGACCUAUAUUGUUCUGACAUCAAUGACUGAAAAGCUCUUUUCAGGCACAUACAGUAUUGAUAUCCCUCAAUGGUAGGCUCAACAUGGACAUUACCAAUAACUUUCACUGUAUUCUAGCUGGAAAUCUUCCUCUCGUACUGUAAGCAUUGAUGGUAAAUCUGCUAGCAGUAAAAAUGCCUGUCUUGAUAAUUAUGACAAACUGCUAUAUAAUUUACUUCCAAUAUGUAUUAUUUGUUUCAAUACAUCAGGAUUACCUAUUCCUGUCAUAUUGUGAUAUAUUAAUGCACAUAAACUCAUUGCAACACAUUGUUGCCCAGCGUUUUGUCCAAAUACAACAACAUCCCCUUGACUAUAUGAUGCUUUUAUUGUUUUCCUGGGAUCCACAAGGUGCCCACAAGGAACAAGGUUUUCUCUAUAUCAUUAUAGAGCUUGUUCUUUGUACAAUUGCCUCUGUGAAUUACACCCUUGUACUCACUAUAUGGGAAAUUACACAAAAAGAACCUUGAGUAUUUGAGAUAUUUCUUUCCAUGUUUAUCUCUACUUGAAUUGUAGACAUAUCUCAUUGAAGAGCUAACGUUUCUUGUUCCAAAAAUUGGUUUCCUUCUCAUUUCUUGUACAAACCCGAUUCUUUUUUUAUAUGUACUUUUUUUUCAUGUUGCAUUAUUUUUAAUAAGAUCAUGGAAUUUCGUUAACUUUGAUAUGUUUUUACUUAAACGCCUCCGUACAUAACUCUGCAGUUUUCUAAUUUUCUUAGAGACACGUUUUAACAUCCUCACUGGUACUCUGCUUGGUUCACGAUCACGUUUAUAGCCAUGGCAUUCACACACAACACGAGUACGAUUAUAAUAUAUAGACUUUGCACAACGAGAUCCGAAUUGUUGUACUUUUAUUGACACUGUAACAUCAUUAUGUUCAUGUACAUUGGUCAUAUUGACAACUUUUUCUAGUAGAUCACAAUCAUCAAGAGUAUUCAUCAUGUCUUAUACAUAGAACAUACAACUCUAGGUAAAAUUUCCGCACAGCCCCAUACUACAUUAUGCAUUCAGUUCUUGAACAGAGCAAAAAAUAACAAAUACAAUACAUUGCCAUUGGGAAAACAGAUUUGUUUAACAAUAGUAUGGGGCUGUACGGAAAUUUUACCAAGCUUAGAUAUUCAACCUUACUAUUCAAGUUGCUUAUGUCAGUAUCCUCUUCCAAUUCGCUGUCGUUAGCGCCAUCUUCAAAGUUGUAUUCACGGACAUUCUUGAUUUUUUCAGCAAGUGAGGUAUUCAUCUCAGCAUCAUAGUUUGUUGUUAAAUCAGCUGUCACAGUUUUGCCAGUAUUUUCGAAGUUUGAACUCACAUAUGGCUCAUUUGUUAUCUCGUGAGAACUAGUGUGAACUUUGCACAUUUGGCUAGCUUUCAAGCUAGUGAGUUCGUGGACCGGCCCAUUCCGAAAACGCUCGACAUCAUUUAGUGUGGGCCUACCACGAACAGCGUGUGCAUUUGUAUGUGAGAUGGGCGCAUAACACAGGAAUCUUUGGAAGGCGGACUUCAUAACACACAGCAUUCCGCAAAUUUUUGUUGUUUAGGAAGAGCGUUCAUAUAAGUUGCUGGACUCUCAUCCCCAGUUUCCACGGUUUACGCAAGGAACGCCUGGGACUAUGACCCCCCAUUUGGCGCCUUAGAACGGACUGCAUUUUAAGUAAUUAGCCCACAGGACAAUUGCGUAAACAGUAAAUAACAUAAAAACAUUGUACACAAAAAACGCAGGAUUUUGGAUAACGUAUUUAUUAAAAAAAGAAUAUCCAUACAACUACAAUGAAAACUAACAUAAGAUUCACCUUUGUGAUCGUGAAAUCAAUACCAUUCGUACUGUUAUCGUAACUACGUUCCUUGGCAUCAAUUGAGUCCAACAUGCUGUCUUUCUUCAAAAGCAGUUUGCAUCCAUUAGAGUUUUGUUCUUCAAUCUCACGGUAGUAGUGUUGUUCAAUAGAUUCCAUAGAGUAUAUGCAGUUUGGUUUCAGAUUUAAGAUUUUUUCAACAAAUGUACGUUUUUCAACUAAGACAUUGACAUGCUUGACAUACAAGGCAUACAAGGCUUUCAUGGCUUUCAAGGCAUACAAGGCUUUCAUGGCUUCCAAGCGUUCGCGACUCAGUCCGUUCCAAAAAUACCGCUCAAUAACAUCUUUUAGUGUGGAUUGGCCGCGAACAAUACGACUUGUGUAUGCGUCUGAAAGUAUUUUUGAGCGUUUGCACCAUAAAGCUCCAGGUAAUCGUAAACCAAAAACGUGGCACCUUCAUCGCCAAAACAACAACCCCAGAACAAAUACAAAAUGGCUGACAAAAACGUUUUAAUAAGCAAAAAUCUCGUGGUUCGUCAUGUGACCCGGCCCUGUCCGUGCAUGACAACGUCAAUCAUCAUCAAGAUAACACACGUGAUCAGCAUGUGAACAUUUUCACCCUCAUUGGACCACAGUUAGUUGUCAUAGUGUUGAGGGCCCAUUGACCACUGGGUACUAUUGCGCAAACAAAGGCGUUUCAUGACUGGGCUACCACAGGUAUCCCAGUAAUGAGAAGAGUUUUUCCCGAGUUGAGUGAGAUCGUCUUUCAAUGCGUGGGAAGCAAAUAAUCUGAUUGGUGGUCAGAAAUACGUUGUUAUCAUGUCAAUUUUAAAGUAUGUCACACAGAGAGCGCUGCAGUCACGGAAUGUACGGUCAUUUCGCAUUAGCAUUAAAUUUGUACUUGUUUUUGAAUCCCAAACCCUCGGCUAUGAGCCGAACCCCGUUUCUUGUGAAAAAAUUUCCCAAACUUUUGUGUCAAAUACUGAAAAAUCGCUCGGCUUAUAGGUGAAGAAAUACGGUAUGUUACGUUUAUUUACACCAUUUUAGCGAAAUCGGCGUGCAGAUAGCCUGAUUCUUAGACAGUCAAGUAAGAACGACUGACCAACAUUUGGACUGUCUUUAGAAUCAGGUUUGUUCAUAGACGACCUGAUAUCUGGAGUCAGACUUAAAGUAAAACAGUUUUUUAACCGAGUGGCCGAUUCAGCUCAAAUGCUGGUAUCAUAGAAGUCCUGCAUCUAGAUAGUCCGUUACAUGAAGAAAAUAAAAAAAGGGACUAUACAAUCAGUGGAAAUCGCAAUUCAGAAUUACAACAAAAUUUCAAAAAGUUAACACCAGAAGAAAAAGUUUCGCUCAGAGGUAGAACGCGUGAAAGUUUUCGGUUUUACCUACAGUUGCAGGAAGCUAAUAAAAAUUAACGUGCCAGCAGAGAGAAAGGUGACAGUUAAUGGUUCUUCGUUUCUAUUUAUAUUACAGGUCAGCGACAUUAUGGAUUGUCGCGGUGAUAGAGGAAGCACAGACCAUGCCAACCGUGUAAUGACGAUGGUGAAAGCCCUCCUAAGUAAACUUUCAAGAAAAAACAUUUUCAAACCCAAAGUUUUAGCAAGGGUAUCACACACAGGCAGGUCUUUUAUUGGGGCCUCAAUAGCCGUAAGUCAUUUCUUAAGGCCUAUUUGUUUGUUUCAUAGAAUCAGCAAUCUUAAACAGAGUCUCGGAAAAGCAAUAGUACAUUUCGAGCCUCUAAAUAUUCCAGAUCGGCUGAACUGGAUAUUUGAAGCAUUUCACAAAAAGAAAUAUAAUUCCGAAAAAAACCUCUGUCAAAAUUGUAACAUGAUGUUCUGUGGUAAUCGUUCGGAAAACGGAGAGACCUCGUUUCUCGCCGCAUGUGCAGAGUAUUGUGCUGUUAAUCAGCUCCUUCCAGACGAACUAAAUUUGGGGCAAAGCGACGAUGUACAAGUGGCGGAUCGACUGACGCGAAACCUUGCGCGAUGUUCAGAUCUGUUUGAAAACUUUUCUAGCAUAUCUAAGAAAUGCAUAGAUGCCGCUGAUUCAGGGAAUAAAGAUAACAUAGAGGUCGUGUACCAGGAAGUGAUAUGUAGACUGCACAUAUUUGGUCUAUCGCCAGAGUGUAAUCCCUACUUUUAGUAUUUUUUUUUUUGGUGUUCUCCGUCGUCACAAAUUGACAGGAUAUUAAACUGCUCAACUCUGACAGUAAGAAGAUAAAAUAUCUUUCUCGGUCUUUUGUACGAAACAAAUUUCAGCUCUUACAUAAUCUGAGAAUUUAUAUUAGUAUUCUAGGUCGAUUCUUUGCACUUUGUCGUCCGCGUUUGUUUUAAAUGACAAUGAAUAAAGCUGUUUUGUAAAAGGUGG